CAGACGGCGGACGGCGGCCGAGGCAUACUCGCCCUCCUCCAGCUUUCCCCGGAGACGCUUCUUUUUACAAACGUUCCGAGCGUGAAGGAGUUGUCACGGCGAGGAGGCCCCGCUGGGACCGAGAGCAGAAAACGCCGCAGGAUCCGCUUUGCUGCAGCCGUUGUGCCGGGAAUCGCCGCGGGAGCCGGGAGCAUGAAGCUGCUGGAGAACUCCAGCUUUGAAGCCAUCAACUCCCAGCUGACAGUGGAGACAGGAGAUGCUCACAUCAUCGGGAGGAUUGAGAGCUACUCCUGCAAGAUGGCUGGAGAUGACAAGCACAUGUUCAAGCAGUUCUGCCAGGAGGGACAACCCCACGUCCUGGAGGCCCUGUCACCUCCUCAGACCACGGGGAUCAGCCCCAGCAGGCUCGGCAAGAGCCAGGGUGGGGACGAGGAGGGUCCCCUCAGUGACAAGUGCAGCCGCAAGACCCUCUUCUACCUGAUCGCUACCCUCAACGAGUCCUUCCGCCCCGACUACGACUUCAGCGCUGCCAAGAGCCACGAGUUCAGCCGGGAGCCCAGCCUCAACUGGGUGGUGAAUGCUGUCAACUGCAGCCUCUUCUCUGCUGUCCGGGAGGAUUUCAAGGCCCUGAAGCCACUUCUGUGGGAUGCGGUGGACGAGGAGAUCUGUCUCUCAGAGUGUGACAUCUACAGCUACAACCCCGAUCUGGACUCAGACCCUUUUGGAGAAGAUGGCAGCCUCUGGUCCUUCAACUACUUCUUCUACAACAAGAGGCUGAAGAGGAUUGUCUUCUUCACCUGCCGCUCCAUCAGCGGCUUUGCCUACACCCGCCCCGAGGGUGGCCAGGAGCUGGACAUGGACCUGGGUGAGGAGGACAGCGAGAAGAAGGGGGAUGGAGACACCGAGAGUGGCAGCAUCGAGGAGGACAGGUUGCAAGUUCUCUGCAUCUGACCAUGCCCAGCAGCUCCCAGGUGCCAGCAGGACCCCCCUGGCUCCUUCUGCCAUGUCCCCCCCAAUGCCAAGGCAGCCCCCAGCCCCGCAUCUGCCUCCCCCCCCAGCCACCGCCACCUGGCUCAGCCCCACACUGACACUGGAGGACCUUCCCAGUACCCAGAACUGGUAUGGACUGGAAGCAGCUGUGGCCUCCUGGCCCUACUGAGGAUGUGGCCAUGGCCAAGCUGUUGUCCCCACUGAGGGGGAGGGGUCUUGGCCAGCCCUUCAGGACACCCCCCCCCAAACUUCUGCUGCACUUUCUGGCUGCACUGACCCCUCAGACUCCUGCUGGGCUCCACAGCUCCCAGUUCCUUACUGGUGGUGACCCAGCCAGCGCCGUCCCCCUGUCCUCUGGCUCCGUCCGUCUGUCAGGCGAGGGGGGGACACAUCCAGCUGCCUGCCCCCUGAGCCUCCCCCCCUCGCCUGAGAAGAGCUGCUGCUGGCAGGGGGUUGCUUUGCUCCUGCCCCCCCUCCCCUGCACUGAUUGCCUCCCUCGUUUUGUGGGGUUUGGUUGGGUUUUGGUAGCCUUUUACUGGUGGCACCAGUAGCCUGCACUGGUUCCAUGCUGGGGGACCCACUGGGGGUGAAUAUUGUCCUGGGGAGGGAUGAGGGGAGGAUCAGCUUGCACAUACCCCCCAGGGCUUCCUGGGUUUGAUCUUGAACCACAAAUGGCUUUGGCAGGUUUGGGGGGACCCCAAGUGCCUCCCUGCGCACCCAGGCACAUGGAAUUUUGGGGGAUGUCAAGUCCCCCCCUUCCCACACAGAAUUUUGGGGGGCAAGUAGCCUCCCUCCCCACCUAGGCACCCAGAAUUUUGGGGGAUACCAAGUCCCCCCAUCCCCAUCCAAAGUUUUGGGGUGUGCCAAGUCCCCCCCUGCUCCCCACCCCCCACACAGAAUUUUGGGGGUCAAGUCACCUCUCCCUACCUGUUUUUUGGGGGGUGUACCAAAUUCCCCCUUCCCCCCCCAGGCACCCAAAGUUUUAGGGGGGUACCAAGUGCCCCCUUAAGUGCCAGGUCAGGUGGGGGGUCUCAGCUGAGCACGCACAAAUGAGGGGCAACACCCAAACUGUCUCACUCCAAAUAAGCCCACAUGGAGCUCCUGUGGGGGUCCUCACCCCUUGGGGGGACGCUUCCUGUGCACCCCUCCUCUGUCUGGGGGGGUUCUCAGUGGCAGGGGCUGGUUUGGGGCAGGGUGGGGAAGGUGCCCCAAGGCUGGAGACUCCCCUUACUGAGGGGAUGCUUCCCUGGGGGAGUUUCUUCCAGGCAUGGAUGCUGUGGGGUGUCCCUGUCCCCUGGGGGUGCAGGGAGAGGACAGAGAGAGACCCUCCCCACCCAGCACCACCAGUGGUAGGGGCUGUCUUAGCACCAGUGGCUUUUCCCAGCUCCCAGAUUCCUCCCAAAAGAGGGAAAAUCGUUGGGUUCGAGUUGGAAUUUUUCCCUCUCAACUCCUCAGCUUGGCUUCCAGCCCGGGGGUGGCUUUGCACCAGCUCCCAUAGGACCCCCGUUGCGUCCACCCCCCCCCCCAGCCCUGGAAGGGGCAGGAAUAGGACAGGUUCUUGUGCCCCCCACCCAGUCCUCUUUGGACCCCCAGCAGGGAGGUUCAGCUCACAGCGCAGCAUUGGACCCUCGCACCAAU